AUGGCCUCCAUUGGGCUUCCUGUUCCGCCUGGCUUCACCCUGACCACGGAGGUCUGCACGCACUACUACCAGAAUGGCUGUCAGUAUCCUGCAGAACUCAAGGAGCAGGUGUCGAAGGCAUUAGCUCUGGUUGAGACAAGGACCGGGCGGAAAUUCGGGGACGCCACGAAUCCCCUGCUGGUUUCCGUCCGCUCUGGUGCUCGGGCCUCCAUGCCUGGCAUGAUGGACACCGUGCUUAACCUCGGCCUGAACAACACGACUGUGGAGGCGCUGGCCAAGCAGUCGGGAGACCGGCGCUUUGCAUUCGACAGCUACCGGCGCUUCGUCCAGAUGUACUCAGAUGUGGUGCUCGGUAUCGAGCUUGGCAAUUUUGAGAAGCUUCUGGAGAGGGCCAAGGCCAAGCGAGGCGUGAAGCAAGAUCACGAGCUCCUGCCAGAAGACCUGGAGCAGUUGGUCAAAAACUACAAGGCCUGUGUCUACUUGGAGCUCGGGGAGGAGUUCCCCGAGGAGCCGCAUCAGCAACUCUGGGGUGCCGUGGGCGCCGUCUUUGGCUCCUGGAUGAACCAGAGGGCCAAGACCUACCGGAAGCUGCACGACAUCCCCGAGGAGUGGGGCACGGCUGUGAACGUUCAGGCGAUGGUCUUUGGCAACAUGGGCAACGACUGCGCCACGGGAGUCGCCUUCACGCGCAACCCCUCCAACGGUGCCAAGGAUUUCUAUGGAGAGUUCCUGGUGAAUGCUCAGGGCGAGGAUGUCGUGGCGGGCAUCCGGACGCCCCAGGAGCUGACGAUCAAAGCUCGCAAGUCGCACGGCAGCGACUUGCCAUCGCUGGAGGAGGUGAUGCCGAGCAUAUUCCAAGAGUUGGAGAAGGUGCGCCACCAGCUGGAGAACCAUUACACGGACAUGCAGGACAUCGAGUUCACCAUCCAGCAAGGCAAGCUGUACAUGCUCCAGACCCGCACGGGGAAGCGGACGGCCCACGCAGCCUUGCAGAUUGCGGUGGACAUGGCCGCCGAAGGGCUGAUCAGCAAGUCGCAGGCUCUCAUGCGCCUGAAGCCGGAUCUCAUCGACCAGCUCCUUCACCCCACGCUGGACCCCAAGGCCAAGAAGACCGUCAUUGCCAAGGGCCUGCCAGCUUCGCCAGGGGCGGCUGCCGGCAAGGUGGUUUUCACGGCCGACGAGGCGGUGACUCGCUCGGAGAACGGAGAGAAGGUGAUCUUGGUGCGGGUCGAAACGAGCCCAGACGACAUCCAUGGACUGCAUGCGGCAGAGGGCGUUUUGACAACUCGCGGCGGCAUGACCAGCCACGCAGCCGUGGUGGCGCGCGGCAUGGGCAGACCUUGCGUGGCAGGCGCCGGGGAGGUGAAGGUCAACUACGCCUCGGCCUCCUUCGAGGUGGGCGACGUGGUCGUCAAGGAGGGCCAGCUGGUCACCAUUGACGGCGUCACGGGAGAGGUGAUGCUUGGAGAAGUCCCCACGGUGCCGCCGCAGCUUUCCGGCUCCUUCGGCACCAUCAUGGCCUGGGCAGACGAGUUCCGCACCAUGCAGGUCAGGGCCAAUGCCGAAACGCCGACAGACGCGCGGCAGGCCAAGGAGUUCGGGUGCGAAGGGAUUGGGCUCGUGCGCACGGAGCACAUGUUCUUCGAGGGGGGCCGGAUCGUGGCCAUGCGGCAGAUGAUCUUGGCCGCGGACAAGGCGGAGCGACAGUCGGCUUUGAACAAGCUCCUGGCGAUGCAGCGCGAAGACAUCACCGAGCUCUUCAAGAUUAUGGACGGCCUUCCGGUGACGGUCCGUUUGCUGGACCCUCCCUUGCAUGAGUUCAUCCCGCACACCGAAGCCGAGAUGGGCCUUGUGGCAAAAGCAGCCGGGGUGCCUUUGGAUCGCGUGCGCCGGCGCGCGAGCGAGCUGCAAGAGGCCAACCCCAUGCUCGGGCACAGAGGCUGCCGCCUGGCCAUCACGUAUCCGGAGAUCUGCGAAAUGCAAGCUCGGGCCAUCUUCGAGGCGGCCGCGGAGGUCGGGCGCAGCGCCAAGAAGACCCCGGUGGCCGAGGUCAUGGUGCCCCUGGUCUCCACUCUGGAGGAGCUGGUGCAGCUGAAGAAGGUCAUCGAAGACACUGCCAAGCAGGUGCAGAAGGAGCAGGGCGUGAACUUCAGGUAUCACGUCGGAACCAUGGUGGAGCUGCCCCGCGCAGCACUGCAGGCUGGCAAAUUGGCAGAGCAAGCGGAGUUCUUCAGUUUUGGCACCAAUGAUCUGACCCAGACCACGUAUGGCUUGAGUCGUGAUGAUGCCGGGUCCUUCCUGCCUGAGUACAAAGCGAAAGGCAUCGUGGAAACGGACCCAUUCGUGAGCCUGGACCAGGAGGGCGUUGGCGAGCUGAUCAAGAUUGCGGUGGAGCGGGGCCGCGGAAAGCGCGCUGGCAUGAAGAUGGGCAUCUGCGGCGAGCACGGCGGUGAUCCAGCUUCCAUUGAGUUCUGCGAGAAGACGGGCUUGGACUACGUCUCGUGCUCGCCCUUCCGUGUGCCCAUUGCUCGCCUCGCUGCCGCGCAGGCUGCCUUGAAAUCGCAGGGCGAGAAGGCUCUCCAAGCUUCCACGAAGGCUGCCAAGCCCAGGCAGCAACAGUUUGGAGCGUAUCCAAUCAACCAGAGGGGGGAGGAGCAUGCCCAUUCCCGUUUGUUUCCUGUUUCCGCAACUGUCCUGUUAAUGUACGAGCAUUUGGCUUUCAGCUCUGUCCGCUUCCGUGCUCGCGUGCCGCUGCGCUGCUUAUCCGCCAUGACCUGGGUCUACAACUUCGGUGCUGGCAACGCGGAUGGCAGGGCCGAGAUGAAGAACCUCCUGGGCGGCAAGGGUGCCAAUCUCGCUGAGGCCGUGCAUAUAUCUGUGCAUGGCUGUGUUGCAAUCAGUGUCGGUGGCGCCACGAGCAAGAUGGCCUCCAUUGGGCUUCCUGUUCCGCCUGGCUUCACCCUGACCACGGAGGCCGGCAAGGGAGGUCAGUAUCCUGCAGACCUCAAGGAGCAGGUGUCGAAGGCAUUGGCCCUGGUUGAGACAAGGACCGGGCGGAAAUUCGGGGACGCCACGAAUCCCCUGCUGGUUUCGGUCCGCUCGGGUGCUCGGGCCUCCAUGCCUGGCAUGAUGGACACCGUGCUUAACCUCGGCCUGAACAACACGACUGCAGAGGCGCUGGCCAAGCAGUCGGGAGACCGGCGCUUUGCAUUCGACAGCUACCGGCGCUUCGUCCAGAUGUACUCAGAUGUGGUGCUGGGUAUCGAGCUUGGCAACUUCGAGAAGCUUCUGGAGAGGGCCAAGGCCAAGCGAGGCGUGAAGCAAGAUCACGAGCUCCUGCCAGAAGACCUGGAGCAGUUGGUGAAAGACUACAAGGCCUGUGUCUACUUGGAGCUUGGGGAGGAGUUCCCCGAGGAGCCGCAUCAGCAACUCUGGGGUGCCGUGGGCGCCGUCUUUGGUUCCUGGAUGAACCAGAGGGCCAAGACGUACCGGAAGCUGCACGACAUCCCCGAGGAGUGGGGCACGGCUGUGAACGUUCAGGCGAUGGUCUUUGGCAACAUGGGCAACGACUGCGCCACGGGAGUCGCCUUCACGCGCAACCCCUCCAACGGUGCCAAGGAUUUCUAUGGAGAGUUCCUGGUGAAUGCUCAGGGCGAGGAUGUCGUGGCGGGCAUCCGGACGCCCCAGGAGCUGACGAUCAAAGCUCGCAAGUCGCACGGCAGCGACUUGCCAUCGCUGGAGGAGGUGAUGCCGAGCAUAUUCCAAGAGUUGGAGAAGGUGCGCCACCAGCUGGAGAACCAUUACACGGACAUGCAGGACAUCGAGUUCACCAUCCAGCAAGGCAAGCUGUACAUGCUCCAGACCCGCACGGGGAAGCGGACGGCCCACGCAGCCUUGCAGAUUGCGGUGGACAUGGCCGCCGAAGGGCUGAUCAGCAAGUCGCAGGCUCUCAUGCGCCUGAAGCCGGAUCUCAUCGACCAGCUCCUUCACCCCACGCUGGACCCCAAGGCCAAGAAGACCGUCAUUGCCAAGGGCCUGCCAGCUUCGCCAGGGGCGGCUGCCGGCAAGGUGGUUUUCACGGCCGACGAGGCGGUGACUCGCUCGGAGAACGGAGAGAAGGUGAUCUUGGUGCGGGUCGAAACGAGCCCAGACGACAUCCAUGGACUGCAUGCGGCAGAGGGCGUUUUGACAACUCGCGGCGGCAUGACCAGCCACGCAGCCGUGGUGGCGCGCGGCAUGGGCAGACCUUGCGUGGCAGGCGCCGGGGAGGUGAAGGUCAACUACGCCUCGGCCUCCUUCGAGGUGGGCGACGUGGUCGUCAAGGAGGGCCAGCUGGUCACCAUUGACGGCGUCACGGGAGAGGUGAUGCUUGGAGAAGUCCCCACGGUGCCGCCGCAGCUUUCCGGCUCCUUCGGCACCAUCAUGGCCUGGGCAGACGAGUUCCGCACCAUGCAGGUCAGGGCCAAUGCCGAAACGCCGACAGACGCGCGGCAGGCCAAGGAGUUCGGGUGCGAAGGGAUUGGGCUCGUGCGCACGGAGCACAUGUUCUUCGAGGGGGGCCGGAUCGUGGCCAUGCGGCAGAUGAUCUUGGCCGCGGACAAGGCGGAGCGACAGUCGGCUUUGAACAAGCUCCUGGCGAUGCAGCGCGAAGACAUCACCGAGCUCUUCAAGAUUAUGGACGGCCUUCCGGUGACGGUCCGUUUGCUGGACCCUCCCUUGCAUGAGUUCAUCCCGCACACCGAAGCCGAGAUGGGCCUUGUGGCAAAAGCAGCCGGGGUGCCUUUGGAUCGCGUGCGCCGGCGCGCGAGCGAGCUGCAAGAGGCCAACCCCAUGCUCGGGCACAGAGGCUGCCGCCUGGCCAUCACGUAUCCGGAGAUCUGCGAAAUGCAAGCUCGGGCCAUCUUCGAGGCGGCCGCGGAGGUCGGGCGCAGCGCCAAGAAGACCCCGGUGGCCGAGGUCAUGGUGCCCCUGGUCUCCACUCUGGAGGAGCUGGUGCAGCUGAAGAAGGUCAUCGAAGACACUGCCAAGCAGGUGCAGAAGGAGCAGGGCGUGAACUUCAGGUAUCACGUCGGAACCAUGGUGGAGCUGCCCCGCGCAGCACUGCAGGCUGGCAAAUUGGCAGAGCAAGCGGAGUUCUUCAGUUUUGGCACCAAUGAUCUGACCCAGACCACGUAUGGCUUGAGUCGUGAUGAUGCCGGGUCCUUCUUGCCUGAGUACAAAGCGAAAGGCAUCGUGGAAACGGACCCAUUCGUGAGCCUGGACCAGGAGGGCGUUGGCGAGCUGAUCAAGAUUGCGGUGGAGCGGGGCCGCGGAAAGCGCGCUGGCAUGAAGAUGGGCAUCUGCGGCGAGCACGGCGGUGAUCCAGCUUCCAUUGAGUUCUGCGAGAAGACGGGCUUGGACUACGUCUCGUGCUCGCCCUUCCGUGUGCCCAUUGCCCGCCUCGCUGCCGCGCAGGCUGCCUUGAAAUCGCAGGGCGAGAAGGCUCUCCAAGCUUCCACGAAGGCUGCCAAGCCCAGGACGUGUCCAACUAGCAACUUGCGUUUCCAUGUUCGAGAGAAGGGAAGCUUCCGUGCUCGCGUGCCGCUGCGCUGCUUAUCCGCCAUGACCUGGGUCUACAACUUCGGUGCUGGCAACGCGGAUGGCAGGGCCGAGAUGAAGAACCUCCUGGGCGGCAAGGGUGCCAAUCUCGCUGAGGCCGUGCAUACAUCUGUGCAAUCUGUGUCGGUGGCGCUACGAGCAAGGCCGGCAAGGGAGGUUGGUUUCAGCCUGCAUCUGAAGUGGGAGUGCUCGAUCGUUGUCGAAGGUCAGUAUCCUGCAGACCUCAAGGAGCAGGUGUCGAAGGCAUUGGCCCUGGUUGAGACAAGGACCGGGCGGAAAUUCGGGGACGCCACGAAUCCCCUGCUGGUUUCGGUCCGCUCGGGUGCUCGGGCCUCCAUGCCUGGCAUGAUGGACACCGUGCUUAACCUCGGCCUGAACAACACGACUGCAGAGGCGCUGGCCAAGCAGUCGGGAGACCGGCGCUUUGCAUUCGACAGCUACCGGCGCUUCGUCCAGAUGUACUCAGAUGUGGUGCUGGGUAUCGAGCUUGGCAACUUCGAGAAGCUUCUGGAGAGGGCCAAGGCCAAGCGAGGCGUCGCUCGGAAGAACUAUGAAGAACUCUCGCGAACAGUGAAGCAAGAUCACGAGCUCCUGCCAGAAGACCUGGAGCAGUUGGUGAAAGACUACAAGGCCUGUGUCUACUUGGAGCUUGGGGAGGAGUUCCCCGAGGAGCCGCAUCAGCAACUCUGGGGUGCCGUGGGCGCCGUCUUUGGUUCCUGGAUGAACCAGAGGGCCAAGACGUACCGGAAGCUGCACGACAUCCCCGAGGCGAUGGUCUUUGGCAACAUGGGCAACGACUGCGCCACGGGAGUCGCCUUCACGCGCAACCCCUCCAACGGCGCCAAGGAUUUCUAUGGAGAGUUCCUGGUGAAUGCUCAGGGCGAGGAUGUCGUGGCGGGCAUCCGGACGCCCCAGGAGCUGACGAUCAAAGCUCGCAAGUCGCACGGCAGCGACUUGCCAUCGCUGGAGGAGGUGAUGCCGAGCAUAUUCCAAGAGUUGGAGAAGGUGCGCCACCAGCUGGAGAACCACUACACGGACAUGCAGGACAUCGAGUUCACCAUCCAGCAAGGCAAGCUGUACAUGCUCCAGACCCGCACGGGGAAGCGGACGGCCCACGCAGCCUUGCAGAUUGCGGUGGACAUGGCCGCCGAAGGGCUGAUCAGCAAGUCGCAGGCUCUCAUGCGCCUGAAGCCGGAUCUCAUCGACCAGCUCCUUCACCCCACGCUGGACCCCAAGGCCAAGAAGACCGUCAUUGCCAAGGGCCUGCCAGCCUCGCCAGGGGCGGCUGCCGGCAAGGUGGUUUUCACGGCCGACGAGGCGGUGACUCGCUCGGAGAACGGAGAGAAGGUGAUCUUGGUGCGGGUCGAAACGAGCCCAGACGACAUCCAUGGACUGCAUGCGGCAGAGGGCGUUUUGACAACUCGCGGCGGCAUGACCAGCCACGCAGCCGUGGUGGCGCGCGGCAUGGGCAGACCUUGCGUGGCAGGCGCCGGGGAGGUGAAGGUCAACUACGCCUCGGCCUCCUUCGAGGUGGGCGACGUGGUCGUCAAGGAGGGCCAGCUGGUCACCAUUGACGGCGUCACGGGAGAGGUGAUGCUUGGAGAAGUCCCCACGGUGCCGCCGCAGCUUUCCGGCUCCUUCGGCACCAUCAUGGCUUGGGCAGACGAGUUCCGCACCAUGCAGGUCAGGGCCAAUGCCGAAACGCCCACAGACGCGCGGCAGGCCAAGGAGUUCGGGUGCGAAGGGAUUGGCCUGGUGCGCACGGAGCACAUGUUCUUCGAGGGGGGGCGGAUCGUGGCACCUGGGCUGCCAGCCAUGCGGCAGAUGAUCUUGGCCGCGGACAAGGCGGAGCGCCAGUCGGCUUUGAACAAGCUCCUGGCGAUGCAGCGCGAAGACAUCACCGAGCUCUUCAAGAUUAUGGACGGCCUUCCGGUGACGGUCCGUUUGCUGGACCCUCCCUUGCAUGAGUUCAUCCCGCACACCGAAGCCGAGAUGGGCCUUGUGGCAAAAGCAGCCGGGGUGCCUUUGGAUCGCGUGCGCCGGCGCGCGAGCGAGCUGCAAGAGGCCAACCCCAUGCUCGGGCACAGAGGUUGCCGCUUGGCCAUCACGUAUCCGGAGAUCUGCGAAAUGCAAGCUCGGGCCAUCUUCGAGGCGGCCGCGGAGGUCGGGCGCAGCGCGAAGAAGACCCCGGUGGCCGAGGUCAUGGUGCCCCUGGUCUCCACUCUGGAGGAGCUGGUGCAGCUGAAGAAGGUCAUCGAAGACACUGCCAAGCAGGUGCAGAAGGAGCAGGGCGUGAACUUCAGGUAUCACGUCGGAACCAUGGUGGAGCUGCCACGCGCAGCACUGCAGGCUGGCAAAUUGGCAGAGCAGGCGGAGUUCUUCAGUUUUGGCACCAAUGAUCUGACCCAGACCACGUAUGGCUUGAGUCGUGAUGAUGCCGGGUCCUUCUUGCCUGAGUACAAAGCGAAAGGCAUCGUGGAAACGGACCCAUUCGUGAGCCUGGACCAGGAGGGCGUUGGCGAGCUGAUCAAGAUUGCGGUGGAGCGGGGCCGCGGAAAGCGCGCUGGCAUGAAGAUGGGCAUCUGCGGCGAGCACGGCGGUGAUCCAGCUUCCAUUGAGUUCUGCGAGAAGACGGGCUUGGACUACGUCUCUUGCUCGCCCUUCCGUGUGCCCAUUGCCCGCCUCGCUGCCGCGCAGGCUGCCUUGAAAUCGCAGGGCGAGAAGGCUCUCCAAGCUUCCACGAAGGCUGCCAAGCCCAGGCAGCAACAGUUUGGAGCGUAUCCAAUCAGCCAGAGGGGGAGCAGGAGCAUGUCCACUCGUAUCUGGAGUAGCGGGCCCAUUCCUGUUUCCAAUGUUGUCGUGGUGAUGUACGAGCAUUUGGCUUUCAGCUCUGUCAGCUUCCGUGCUCGCGUGCCGCUGCGCUGCUUAUCCGCCAUGACCUGGGUCUACAACUUCGGUGCUGGCAACGCGGAUGGCAGGGCCGAGAUGAAGAACCUCCUGGGCGGCAAGGGUGCCAAUCUCGCUGAGGCCGUGCAUACAUCUGUGCAAUCUGUGUCGGUGGCGCUACGAGCAAGGCCGGCAAGGGAGGUUGGUUUCAGCCUGCAUCUGAAGUGGGAGUGCUCUAUCGUUGUCGAAGGUCAGUAUCCUGCAGACCUCAAGGAGCAGGUGUCGAAGGCACUAGCUCUGGUUGAGACAAGGACCGGGCGGAAAUUCGGGGAUGCCACGAAUCCCCUGCUGGUUUCGGUCCGCUCGGGUGCUCGGGCCUCCAUGCCUGGCAUGAUGGACACCGCGCUGGCCAAGCAGUCGGGAGACCGGCGCUUUGCGUUCGACAGCUACCGGCGCUUCGUCCAGAUGUACUCAGAUGUGGUGCUGGGUAUCGAGCUUGGCAAUUUUGAGAAGCUUCUGGAGAGGGCCAAGGCCAAGCGAGGCGUGAAGCAAGAUCACGAGCUCCUGCCAGAAGACCUGGAGCAGUUGGUGAAAGACUACAAGGCCUGUGUCUACUUGGAGCUUGGGGAGGAGUUCCCCGAGGAGCCGCAUCAGCAACUCUGGGGUGCCGUGGGCGCCGUCUUUGGUUCCUGGAUGAACCAGAGGGCCAAGACCUACCGGAAGCUGCACGACAUCCCCGAGGCGAUGGUCUUUGGCAACAUGGGCAACGACUGCGCCACGGGAGUCGCCUUCACGCGCAACCCCUCCAACGGUGCCAAGGAUUUCUAUGGAGAGUUCCUGGUGAAUGCUCAGGGCGAGGAUGUCGUGGCGGGCAUCCGGACGCCCCAGGAGCUGACGAUCAAAGCUCGCAAGUCGCACGGCAGCGACUUGCCAUCGCUGGAGGAGGUGAUGCCGAGCAUAUUCCAAGAGUUGGAGAAGGUGCGCCACCAGCUGGAGAACCAUUACACGGACAUGCAGGACAUCGAGUUCACCAUCCAGCAAGGCAAGCUGUACAUGCUCCAGACCCGCACGGGGAAGCGGACGGCCCACGCAGCCUUGCAGAUUGCGGUGGACAUGGCCGCCGAAGGGCUGAUCAGCAAAUCGCAGGCUCUCAUGCGCCUGAAGCCGGAUCUCAUCGACCAGCUCCUUCACCCCACGCUGGACCCCAAGGCCAAGAAGACCGUGAUUGCCAAGGGCCUGCCAGCCUCGCCAGGGGCGGCUGCCGGCAAGGUGGUUUUCACGGCCGACGAGGCGGUGACUCGCUCGGAGAACGGAGAGAAGGUGAUCUUGGUGCGGGUCGAAACGAGCCCAGACGACAUCCAUGGACUGCAUGCGGCAGAGGGCGUUUUGACAACUCGCGGCGGCAUGACCAGCCACGCAGCCGUGGUGGCGCGCGGCAUGGGCAGACCUUGCGUGGCAGGCGCCGGGGAGGUGAAGGUCAACUACGCCUCGGCCUCCUUCGAGGUGGGCGACGUGGUCGUCAAGGAGGGCCAGCUGGUCACCAUUGACGGCGUCACGGGAGAGGUGAUGCUUGGAGAAGUCCCCACGGUGCCGCCGCAGCUUUCCGGCUCCUUCGGCACCAUCAUGGCCUGGGCAGACGAGUUCCGCACCAUGCAGGUCAGGGCCAAUGCCGAAACGCCCACAGACGCGCGGCAGGCCAAGGAGUUCGGGUGCGAAGGGAUUGGCCUCGUGCGCACGGAGCACAUGUUCUUCGAGGGGGGCCGGAUCGUGGCACCUGGGCUGCCAGCCAUGCGGCAGAUGAUCUUGGCCGCGGACAAGGCGGAGCGCCAGUCGGCUUUGAACAAGCUCCUGGCGAUGCAGCGCGAAGACAUCACCGAGCUCUUCAAGAUUAUGGACGGCCUUCCGGUGACGGUCCGUUUGCUGGACCCUCCCUUGCAUGAGUUCAUCCCGCACACCGAAGCCGAGAUGGGCCUUGUGGCAAAAGCAGCCGGGGUGCCUUUGGAUCGCGUGCGCCGGCGCGCGAGCGAGCUGCAAGAGGCCAACCCCAUGCUCGGGCACAGAGGUUGCCGCUUGGCCAUCACGUAUCCGGAGAUCUGCGAAAUGCAAGCUCGGGCCAUCUUCGAGGCGGCCGCGGAGGUCGGGCGCAGCGCGAAGAAGACCCCGGUGGCCGAGGUCAUGGUGCCCCUGGUCUCCACUCUGGAGGAGCUGGUGCAGCUGAAGAAGGUCAUCGAAGACACCGCCAAGCAGGUGCAGAAGGAGCAGGGCGUGAACUUCAGGUAUCACGUCGGAACCAUGGUGGAGCUUCCGCGCGCAGCACUGCAGGCUGGCAAAUUGGCAGAGCAAGCGGAGUUCUUCAGUUUUGGCACCAAUGAUCUGACACAGACCACGUAUGGCUUGAGUCGUGAUGAUGCCGGGUCCUUCUUGCCUGAGUACAAAGCGAAAGGCAUCGUGGAAACGGACCCAUUCGUGAGCCUGGACCAGGAGGGCGUUGGCGAGCUGAUCAAGAUUGCGGUGGAGCGGGGCCGCGGAAAGCGCGCUGGCAUGAAGAUGGGCAUCUGCGGCGAGCACGGCGGUGAUCCAGCUUCCAUUGAGUUCUGCGAGAAGACGGGCUUGGACUACGUCUCGUGCUCGCCCUUCCGUGUGCCCAUUGCCCGCCUCGCUGCCGCGCAGGCUGCCUUGAAAUCGCAGGGCGAGAAGGCUCUCCAAGCUUCCACGAAGGCUGCCAAGCCCAGGCAGCAACAGUUUGGCCCCUGGUGA